UACUAAAUUUAUCACCUUGUUCUGGUAGUUCCAUCUCUUUUCAAUGGUGAAUGACCUACAGAUGAAUAGCUACUCGCAGGACGACCCAGUAGCAGAGCUUCUACGCACGCCCGAUGACGACAUCCAGGUGAUUCAAAGAGACGGCGGUCAGGAGUACCCUUAUGGUGCGCAAGGUGCGACAUCCUCAUCUCAAAAGAAUUACAAGAACAACAGCAACAUCAACAAUAACAACAAUAACAACAACAAUAAUAAUAAUAUCAAUGCUAAUAACAACAAUAAUGCCAAUCAAAAUGGGUACUUCAGUGGUAUGACGCCCAUCAAUUACGACCAACAACCGGAUGAUUAUCAACUCGUAGCCACAAACCAUCCUAAAUUUCAAAAUUCGGCAUCAUCGGUUCCACUCCCUCCUCUUUCUCCAUUGUCGGAGUCGGUACUCCCACAGAGCUUGACUCGCUGGGGCACCAACAAUGCUAAUAAUAAUGGCAAUAAUGUAACAACCACAGGAGGUGGGGGGAAUUCAAAUACCCCAAAUAUACUUGGACCUCAUGCAGGAGGAAUGAUGCUGCCAGGAGGUGUAUUAGGAUUAACAUUACCAAGCUAUUUGGAUUGGGGCAAUGGGUUGCCCAUGGCUGCUGCCAUGGGGGGUGCUGGAGGCAUUGUCCCUUCUGGUGGCGGACAACAGAAUACCAUGCAACAACAGCAACAAACUCAAACUCAAAAUACAAAUAACACACGAGCUAAGAAACGGAAGGAACCCACUGGUCCCAAGACAAGACCAGCGUUUGUGAUGAAGAUCUGGUCUAUGGUGAAUGACCCUGUCAACCAGCAUUAUAUCCGAUGGAAUGAAGAUGGGAAAUCAUUCCAUGUGUUUCAUCGAGAAGAUUUCAUGAAAUUGAUCUUACCAAAGUACUUCAAGCAUAAUAACUUUGCAUCCUUUGUACGGCAAUUGAACAUGUACGGGUGGCACAAAGUACAGGACGUGAACAACGGGUCACUAUACAACCAAACGAUCAAGGAUGAGAAAGGUGGCAUUGAUGAAAUUUGGCAGUUUGAAAACCCAAACUUCCAAAAGGAUAGAGAAGAUUUGUUAGACAAGAUUCAACGUAACAAGACCACCAAUAGCAAUGAACAGGAAGACGGUUCGGGUGGUGGUAGUGGAAGUGUUCCUGGUGGUGCUGGUGGUGGGUCUGGGACUGGCCGUAUUGAAGGAGCUACAGGUGCUGCCGGUGGACCCGCUUCUGGUGAGAUUGGUGGCAUGAACUUUGCCGCCAUUUUGGGAGAAUUGGACCAAAUUAAACUCAAUCAAUUGGCCAUUAGUGAGGACUUGCGUAGAGUUCGAAAGGAUAACAAAACCCUUUGGCAAGAAAAUUUCUUAACAAGAGAAAGAUAUCAUACACAGGCACAAACUUUAGAUAAGAUUCUUACUUUUUUGUCUGCAGUUUAUGGGAACACGGCUGGAGGCAAGAUAAGCGAGGUUGGUGGUAAUAUAGAUGGGGAAAUUGUUCCCUGGCAACAGAAUGGAGCUAACCCUGAGCCAGUAGUGUCUGGAGGGUCUUCAAGCUCGUCUGUUGUACCACCACCACUGCCAUUCAAUAAGCCGCGUCUCAUGUUGAUGAAUCAAGCUUAUCAACGUUCACCCUCGGAUUCCGAACGUCCAACUCCCCGUAGCCAAUAUAUGGGGAGAUCGCCAUCUUUCAACACCAACAAUGCUUCGUCCGUGGAAGAUAUCAUGAGAUCGUAUGAAAAUACCCCCAAAUUUUCCGGUAAUGGUGACCCGACUUCUAAUGCUGCCAAUCGGAUGUAUCAACAGCUUAUGCAACAUGAUAACCCUGCUUCACCAAGACAUUACUUCCCUGAGCUUAAUGGGCCAAAGAGUCCCUAUUUUGAAGGAAUGGUUCGAGGAUCAACCCCGCAACCAAUUGAGAACUCUGGUAACAAUGGGAAUAGUAGUGAAAUGCAAGCGUUGGAACAGAAUAUAUACAAGCAAGGUCAAUCGAUUCAACAGGUUCAAGAUUGGAUACAAAAAUUGGCUGCUCAGCAACAGGAACUUCAAGGCGCUAAAGCUGGACAGCAACAGCAACAGCAACAGCAGCAGCAACAGCAGCAACUACAACAACUGAAUCAACAACUGCAUUUACAACAGGGCGGUAUGAAUGAUAAGCUUUCACAUCCCCAGCCACAACAACCUCAUUCGCAGUCUGAACUUCCAGAUUUAGAUGAAUUCGAUGUGAAUGAAUUUCUAGACCCAUCCAAUACUCCGGUUGGGUCCAGUGGUGGUGUUACUGAUUCAGAUCACAAACGUACCAUUGAAGAGGUGAAUGAUGAUAAUGAUGAACAUAUUGACCACCCUUCAAAGAAGCAGAAAUGAUGUAUGUAUAUAGAAGUUUAAGGAUUAAUGAAUAUCGUGUAUUAUAGAGAAUAUAAUAAAUAUAUAAAUAAAAAAAAAGAGAGAUAUAGAAGAUU